UAGCGCAGAAGAUGGAGAGCAGGAGGAGUAACAGGUGUGCGUGCAUGUGGGAUUUAAGAAGCUUGUGAACUUCCCCACCCAAAAAAGUGCACCAGUAAAGCUGUUACGCAUGGAGCUCAUGAUGUUCUCCGGCCAGGCGGCGUUCAAUUUCAGCUUCAACCUGAGCGACGAGCUGGAGCUGCUGCUGGAGGACGAGGACGAGCCUCGCCUGUCGCCCACCGGCUUCGUCGUGCUCUCCGUGUUUCUGGGCUUCAUCAUGACCUUUGGCUUCCUCAACAACCUGGUGGUGCUGCUGCUCUUCUGCAAGUUCAAAAAGCUGCGCACGCCCGUCAACAUGCUGCUGCUCAACAUCAGCGUCAGCGACAUGCUGGUGUGCGUCUUCGGCACCACGCUCAGCUUCGCCUCCAGCAUCCGGGGACGGUGGCUGCUCGGCCGCAGCGGCUGCAACUGGUACGGCUUCAUCAACUCCUGCUUCGGUAUCGUGUCGCUGAUCUCCCUGGUCAUCCUCUCCUACGACCGCUACAGCACCCUGACCGUCUACAACAAGCAAGGGCCAAACUACCGGAAGCCCCUGUUGGCCGUGGGCGGCUCGUGGCUCUACUCGCUGGUCUGGACGGUGCCUCCGCUCCUGGGCUGGAGCAGCUACAAACAGGAAGGGGCGGGGACCAGCUGCUCGGUGUCGUGGACGGCCCAGACCGCCCAGUCUCACGCCUACAUCAUCUGUCUCUUCAUUUUCUGCCUGGGCCUGCCCGUGCUGGUCAUGAUCUACUGCUACGGCAGGCUGCUGUGGGCGGUCAAACAGGUGGGUAAGGUCCGCAAGACAGCGGCGCGGCGGCGAGAGUACCACAUACUGUUCAUGGUGCUGACCACGGCCGCCUGCUACCUGCUGUGCUGGAUGCCGUACGGCGUGGUGGCCAUGAUGGCCACGUUCGGGCCUCCCGACAUCAUCAGUCCCGUGGCCAGCGUGGUGCCGUCGCUGCUGGCCAAGAGCAGCACCGUCAUCAACCCGCUCAUCUACAUCCUCAUGAACAAACAGUUCUACAAGUGUUUCCUCAUCCUCUUCCACUGCAACCACUGGUCGGAGCAGAACGACAACACCUCCAUGCCCUCCAAGACCACCGUCAUCCAGCUCAACCACAGGGUGUCCAGCAACACGGUGGCCUGCGCCGUCCAGGUCUCCGCCGAGGCCGUUAAACCGUGCUGCACGCCGGCCGACAAGCUAACCGCGCCGCCCGAGGUGGUGACCUAAAAAACUGGGGAAACUCGUGUCCAUGGGUUUCACAUGUGAGCUUGUGUCUUUGUACUUUGUCUUUACUUGUGCUCCAUGUGCUUGACGACAUAAAAAAAAAAAGAAAUGCUUAAUAAUAUGCACAAUAGGGUCUGAUGUUUGUGGACACCAGAAGCUUCUGGGGAAAGCCAGAGCUCUUUGAAAGCAUCAGGAGCGGAGGUGAACGAGGCUCAACAGGGUAUGCUAACGUUAGCAUGGUUUGCCGACAUUCUACAAUGGCUGCAAUGACCCGUCUGGUUCCUUUCCAAAGGAAAAGCGCCAGUGGCGAGCAAGUACUGUGUAUUUGACCAAUUUUAUCCAAGAGGAGACUGAGGGCAAGCAAGAAAACGGGGCACUGCAGACUGUGGUGUAUUAAUACCGCGGCAGCAACAGGGUAGACGCAUGUUAGAAUGUGUUAUUUUUUUAUCAAGAUGACAAAGGCAAUGAUGAAGCAAAAGCGAAUAGAAAAGGUACCGUGAAGGCACCACUCGGAAGAAGAAAACGACAACAACGGAGGAGAAUGAGGCUCUGCUGUAUUUUACCACUUUAACCGGGAGGAGACUGAGGGCAAGCAAGAAAACGGGGCAGUGCAGCCAAGCAGAAUACUGCAGCAGGGUAUACUCAUGUUAGCAUGUGUUGUUUAUGUUCCUUAUGAUGACAAAGAUAGUACCGGUAGUGCCAAUGGGACAAGUGACAAUGGCGAGGAGGUACCGUGCAGUGGACAAGGGGGCGUUAAGUUCCAUAAAUUGCAUAAGGACAAUGUCAAAAGUCGUUUCAGUUCAAUAAAUUCACCAAAACGUCACUGAGUCUGUUUAGCCGAUUGAAGAGCUAGCUUCCACAGCUGGUGGGUCUAUGACGAUAGACUUCUGUUUUGUUUGAUCAACCGUUUUACUGCCAUGUUACAGGCACUGUUUGGAAACAAUUAAGAUAUGUGAAUAAACAUGAGUACUACACAAGGAGGAUGAAAGAUGAAUAUUUCCAUACACAACUUGCCAUGGUCUGAUCACCUGCUGAUGACACAACGCUGCUGUUAUGUGACCUUACGUUUUUGGUCAAGAUCAAACCCGGUUUGCCAGACAACACUCAAAACCAGUAGAGGGCAGCAUAAUGAAUUACAAAAUAUUAUUUGUUUUUAAUAAUUAAGUAAAUAUUUUUUUCAAACAAUAACUUAAUUGUUUGAUAUUAUAUUUUUAAUAUUGACGAAUACAAUUUUGUGUUUUUAAAAAAAAAUCAUUUAUUUACAAUUUUAUGUUAUCAAACACAUUUUUAAUACAUUUGA